UUAGAACAAAAAAAAGCGCCAUGGACAUAUAAUAAUAAAUAUUGGCUGCAGUAAAAAUUAAGUACUUAAGACAUCUCGUUCGCUUUUGAAUGCUUGUCAAAAAGUUGGACACACACAUUGCGCUUGAGUGUUGUGAUUCGUAUUGCAUUUAGUUAAAUUAAAAAGUGACACGUGUGUGAAUCUCAUAAGUCAACGUUGCGAAAAAUAGUUUACAACUCCAUUGGGUACUGAACGCGGAGGAUAACAAUUUAAAAUGGAGGACGGUCACGCGAAAACCGUCGAACAAACUCUGAACUUCUUCGGCACAGACGGCGAACGUGGUCUAUCUGUCGAUCAGAUCAAGGCUAACCAGAAAAAAUAUGGACCCAAUGAGUUGCCAACUGAGGAAGGAAAAAGCAUCUGGCAGCUGGUUUUAGAGCAGUUCGAUGAUCUUCUCGUGAAGAUUUUGCUGUUGGCAGCCAUCAUUUCAUUUGUAUUAGCGCUAUUUGAGGAACAUGAAGACACUUUCACUGCAUUUGUAGAGCCCUUAGUCAUUUUACUUAUUCUUAUUGCAAAUGCUGUCGUUGGUGUUUGGCAGGAACGCAAUGCCGAAUCCGCUAUUGAGGCACUCAAAGAAUACGAGCCCGAGAUGGGCAAAGUGGUUCGCCAAGACAAGUCCGGUAUCCAAAAGAUCCGUGCGAAAGAAAUUGUGCCGGGUGAUUUGGUUGAGGUGUCUGUCGGUGAUAAAAUUCCCGCCGACAUUCGUAUCACUCACAUCUAUUCAACCACCCUGAGAAUCGAUCAGUCUAUUCUGACUGGUGAAUCCGUGUCGGUUAUCAAGCACACAGAUGCCAUUCCCGAUCCCCGUGCUGUUAAUCAGGACAAGAAGAACAUUCUAUUCUCUGGCACCAAUGUGGCCGCUGGUAAGGCUCGUGGUGUUGUUAUCGGCACCGGCCUGAGCACUGCCAUUGGCAAGAUUCGCACAGAAAUGUCCGAGACCGAGGAGAUUAAGACUCCACUGCAACAGAAGCUGGAUGAGUUCGGUGAGCAGUUGUCCAAGGUUAUCUCCAUCAUUUGCGUUGCUGUCUGGGCCAUCAACAUUGGACACUUCAACGAUCCAGCUCACGGUGGCUCAUGGAUCAAGGGUGCCAUCUACUAUUUCAAGAUUGCUGUCGCCUUGGCUGUCGCUGCCAUUCCUGAGGGUCUGCCAGCUGUUAUCACCACCUGUUUGGCUUUGGGUACUCGCCGCAUGGCCAAGAAGAACGCCAUCGUGCGUUCCCUGCCCUCUGUGGAGACUCUUGGAUGCACCUCCGUCAUCUGCUCUGAUAAGACCGGCACACUCACCACCAAUCAAAUGUCCGUUUCGCGUAUGUUCAUCUUCGACAAGGUUGAAGGCAAUGACAGCAGCUUUGUUGAGUUCGAACUGACCGGCUCCACCUACGAACCCAUUGGCGAGCUCUUCUUGAGCGGCCAGCGCGUGAAGGCUAGCGAUUACGACACAUUGCAGGAACUCUCCACCAUUUGCAUCAUGUGCAACGAUUCGGCUAUUGAUUACAACGAAUUCAAGCAGGCUUUCGAAAAGGUCGGUGAAGCCACCGAAACUGCUCUGAUUGUCUUGGCUGAGAAACUGAACUCAUUCAAUGUGAACAAAUCUGGUUUGGAUCGUCGUUCCGCCGCCAUUGCUUGCCGUGGUGAGAUUGAGACCAAGUGGAAGAAGGAAUUCACUCUUGAAUUCUCGCGUGAUCGUAAAUCCAUGUCCUCAUACUGCACACCAUUGAAGGCUUCUCGUCUGGGUACUGGACCUAAACUGUUUGUGAAGGGUGCCCCCGAAGGUGUCUUGGAACGUUGCACACACGCUCGCGUUGGCACCAGCAAGGUUCCUCUGACCUCGGCCCUCAAGAGCAAGAUCCUGAACUUGACUGGUCAAUAUGGUACUGGUCGCGAUACAUUGCGUUGCUUGGCUCUCGCUGUUGCCGACAGUCCUAUGCGUCCCGAUGAAAUGGACUUGGGUGAUUCCACCAAAUUCUUCCAGUAUGAGGUGAACCUAACCUUUGUUGGUGUCGUUGGCAUGUUGGAUCCUCCACGUAAAGAAGUUUUCGAUUCAAUUGUUCGCUGCCGUGCUGCUGGUAUUCGUGUCAUUGUUAUCACUGGUGAUAACAAGGCUACCGCUGAAGCUAUCUGCCGUCGCAUUGGCGUCUUCACCGAGGAUGAGGACACCAACGGCAAAUCGUAUUCCGGACGUGAAUUCGAUGAUCUGUCGCCAGCUGAACAGAAGGCUGCCGUUGCCCGUUCCCGCCUGUUCUCGCGUGUGGAGCCUCAGCACAAAUCCAAGAUUGUUGAAUUCUUGCAGGGCAUGAAUGAAAUCUCUGCCAUGACUGGUGAUGGUGUCAAUGAUGCUCCCGCUUUGAAGAAGGCUGAAAUUGGUAUUGCCAUGGGUUCUGGUACCGCUGUUGCCAAGUCUGCCGCUGAAAUGGUUUUGGCUGAUGAUAACUUCUCUUCGAUUGUGUCUGCCGUUGAGGAAGGUCGCGCUAUUUAUAACAACAUGAAGCAGUUCAUCCGUUACCUUAUUUCAUCCAACAUUGGUGAGGUCGUUUCCAUCUUUUUGACUGCUGCUCUGGGUCUGCCCGAAGCUUUGAUCCCCGUCCAGCUGUUGUGGGUCAACUUGGUCACUGAUGGUCUUCCAGCUACUGCUCUGGGCUUCAACCCUCCCGAUCUGGAUAUCAUGGAGAAACCACCCAGGAAGGCCGACGAAGGUUUGAUCUCCGGCUGGCUGUUCUUCCGUUACAUGGCUAUUGGCUUCUAUGUCGGUGCUGCCACCGUUGGUGCCGCCGCCUGGUGGUUCCUGUUCUCCGAUGAAGGCCCAAAACUCACAUACUGGCAACUCACUCACCACUUGGCAUGCUUGGGCGGUGGCGACGAAUUCAAGGGUGUCGACUGCAAGAUCUUCAGCGAUCCACAUGCCAUGACCAUGGCCUUGUCUGUGCUCGUGACCAUUGAAAUGUUGAACGCCAUGAACAGUUUAUCCGAGAAUCAAUCCUUGAUUACAAUGCCACCAUGGUGCAACUUGUGGUUGAUUGGUUCAAUGGCUCUGUCCUUCACUCUUCACUUUGUUAUACUUUAUGUUGAAGUACUUUCUACCGUCUUCCAAGUGACACCGUUGUCUGCCGAGGAAUGGAUAACUGUGAUGAAAUUCUCAAUUCCUGUAGUUUUAUUAGAUGAAACAUUGAAAUUUGUUGCUAGAAAAAUCGCAGAUGGUGAGAGCCCUAUAUAUAAGAUGCAUGGGAUUGUGUUAAUGUGGGCUGUCUUCUUUGGCCUGCUAUACGCUAUGAUGCUUUAAGAAUAUAAUAAUUAUAAUCAUUAAGCCCAACAUCAUUAUUCUAAUUACUAGCAUAAAGUGUUACUAAAUAUAAACAAAAAAAAAAUUCCUAAAGUAACGACUUUAACCACCACAACAACAAACAAACAAAACAAACAACAACAUAGAUUUGUUUCCGAAUAAUACUAAAAAAAAAAAAAAACCAACACAAUAUUUUGAUAAGCGAUCAAGUUACCCUUUUAUUUUUAAACCAACGCCCUCAACUGGUCAAUAGAUUAUGAGCCUAACAAUUCUUUUUAAUGCUUACGUAUACAACCAAUUUCUGUUCGGUUUGAAUAUCGUUUAAUGCCCUUUUUUGUAUAUACACAAAGCAGAGAAAUUUUACAUAUUUCACUCACUAUAUAUAUGCUUACCAGGAAUAGGUUUCAAAAAUUGUUAAUUUUUUUUUUGAACUGAACGUGUGAUGCUCGAUUAUACCAAUUUUUUAGCCGUUUGCCUUUUAACAAAUUUAUUUAUUCAGUGUCACUCCAUAAAAUGCGUAGAUUUUAAAGCAUAUACAUAUACCGUAAAAUGAUCAAAAGAAAAAAAUUUCAUUAUUUGUAGUUAUUGUACAAUACUUAAAAAUUGCAUUCUCUACAAAUGAUGAGACGAACUCUAUGUAAAUAUUUCUUCAAUUAGGGGUCAUACUUAAUAAAAACUAAUAAAUGUUCAGUACAUUAGAUAAAUCCUGAAUUCCUAUUUAUACAUACGACACAAAUACAUCCAUACAUAUAUUUAUAUGUGGAUGAUUUUAGUUGUGCGUAAGUGUCAACCUUGACUAUUUUGAACGUGGUUGGAAUUGUGGAUAUAUAUUUUGUAUUUAAUUCACUUAUGUAUUAAGUAGACUUAUUACAAGCAAGUUUAGUUUGCAAAUUUUGUUGAACAGAUUUUUGGUUCAUUCAUUCCAUAGUAUAUAAGAAAUAAGCAUGAAAUGAAAUACUUUGAUUUGCCUAGAACACCAACAAAAAGCAGAUGUGGGGAAA